GUGCAGAUGGAAUUCUUUGUGUAAGUUUUCAAAGGCAUGAUCCGGGUUUGAACCUCAACUGUUGUUUGAUAUGUCCAAAGAGGUAGACAGGGAAAAAACAGAGAUAUGGUUGCUGUUAUCAUGUGAAGAGAUGUCAUAGAGAACAAACCCCCCACAAGAAUGUAGUUUUGUGAAUUAUAUUAUUUAAGCUAGAUCUUUGGAGAGGAAAAAUAACUAUCUGUCUUAUCACCUUAUUUCACAACUCCCCCACCCCACCCGACACUCUUCCCCAGUUUUCCCAAGCCAACCUUUCCCGCGGCAGCUCCUCUAUUUUGUCUGUGGAUAAGCUUAAAUUUAAGUGAUAAAGUGAAGUGUUAGCUUUUGUGCUUGGUAAAAAUUUUAUUUUACUUUCCGUUGAAAUUGGCGUGGAAUGAGUUUUAUAUGGAGGAACAUGGUCAGUGGUGAUUUAUAUAGCCAACCCAGUUAUUGUACUUUCCUUCAAUAUGGCUGGACUAGACCAUUCUUUUUCAGCAGACCAGCAUUUUUACCAAGUGCUCUCAUCACUGUGUACUUCAGAAUAUUAACUUUUACUUUACAAAUAAAGUGUGCGAAUUAAUGAUUUUCAAUAAGAGAGAAUUGCACAAAUCAUGGAUCCCAAAUAAUGCAAAUUAGACCUUCAGUUUUCUCUCAUUUCGAAUCUUCUUGGAAAAUUAGUUUAUGUGGUUCGUCCUUUUGAUCACCAGGAAAACAGAGUAUUUAUACGGAGGAAAUGGUAGAACAUAAUUUCUUACUAUAAUUUUUUUGAAAUAUAGCAAUCAAGGUCUGGGGGAUGGAAGUUAUUGGCCUUCAAAAGAUUCUAACUCAUUCAGUUUCUCACUUGUCUCCAAUCAGAAGCGAAUCAUAACUUAUUCUUAAUGAGUUGGAAGUUUUAAAAAUUAUAAUAUUUUAACAUGUAACGUAAUAUUAUGACUGUGGGUCUAAUAUUUAUCGAGAUUUUAGCAGUUUUUAUGCAUUAAUUUAGACGCGGUGUCAAAAGGUAUGACUUCAAAUGAACCUAUACCCAAUCUGUUACCUUCGCCUGCCUCCAACAAAUAGAUAUGGUGAAAAGUAACGCAAAACCUUUAUCCUCAUAGAAAAGAGGAGGAACGAAGUGCAAUUUGAGAUUUAGUCAUGGGGCAAAGUGUCGUACCAAAAUGUUUUUGAGGGAGUAAAAUUUUAAAAUCUCAAAAUAUAAGUGCACGCAUUGCUUAAAACCGCGGGAAGUUCUCCAUUAGAACAGACAGUAAAAAUGGAGGAUUCAGGUGCAAUUCUAUGUCAAAUCUCUUCGUUCAAGGAUAUGCUUGAUCAGGUAAACGAAGAAAUUGAGGCGAACAUUCAGGUGACGAGAGAGAUUGAAUCGAAAAUAGUGAAGUGUACGGAGAUUGAAACCGCGCUGGCUGCUCGAGAAUCGGAACUGACGAGAACCGCUUAUGCGCUUCAGUUUGAAAUCGCCGGCUUGAUGAAAGUUCAUGCUGAUUCAGAGGCCUCUCUCAAACAUUUGGAUGAAAAGAUAUGUUAUCUAAGACGGAAGCGCGAUGAGAUACAUGAGAGAAUAAAUAACAGAAGGGAUGAAUUUGUUGCUUCAUGCUUGGCUUUCCAAAAUGAAGUUUAUGUUGAAGAUAAUGACGAAAUACACACUUUGCUCGCAGAAAAAGAGCGACUGCAGAAUGAAAUUCAUAGUUUAGACAAGAAAAACAGAGCUUUGGAAAGCUCAACAGCAGCUUUUGUGGAAGAGGUUCUUGAAGAACUUCAGCAAACUGUGUCUGCUUUAGAAGUUGAAAUAAGAUGUGGCAAUAUUGAGAAUGAGAAAUUGCUCAAGAAUAUCGAUGAAUUGAAGAAGACUUUAUCUUCAAUUAUGUUGACUGGAUUGCAAAAAAUGGUAAUCUACCCCAGCUUUACCUCCAACCUUUCAUUUAGUAGUGCCAUCUCUGACUCUUGUCUUUUCACAUCUUCAGCAAGUUUCUGCAGUUGGUAAUGUUUUUUCAGCUGCACGUUAACCGGUGAUUGCUGUUCAUGUCACUUGUAUGCUGAAGUUGUACAUGAAACUGUCAACAGAUUAGUUCAAAUGAUUCUAAGAAUGAAUGCUUUUAAACCCCAAGUGAAAUGUGGCAGAAGAUAAUGCAUUGGUGCUGAUGUUUUUCCUCUUUUAGUCAAGAGAGUGUUCAGAUGAACAUGUAAAAGAUACAGCUCAGCUUGGAGUGUAAAUCUGAUCCACAUUGCUGUGUUCUUUUGCAAAUAUAUACUAUGCAAUGCAAAAUUUACUCAGAUGACAUACAACAAAAACAUACACAGUGAAAUCUCAUAAGUAAAAUCUCCUAAAGUGUAUGCAGAUCUUUACCACUACCUCGUGAAGGUAGAUAUGUUGUUUCCGAAAAAACCAGGUGACAUAUCAGCAACAAUGUUUAUCUGCAUAUCUUUGUAUAUCAGCAACACAAGGGUCGUGCACUGUUCUACUUAUUUGUACUGUUGCCCUGCAACUCCAACUCCCCACCCCCA